GCCGUGGUUUCAGCUGGGGCACUCAGGGUGCAGCCAGCAGUGCACCAGCAGCCGCCACGCAGCAUGGCCGAGAAACCCCAAAUCCAGCUCUUCAUCAAGGCAAGCGAGGAUGGGGAGAGCGUGGGGUACUGCCCCUUCUGCCAGCGGCUCUUCAUGGUGCUGCUGCUCAAAGGAGUGCCCUUCACCCUCACCACUGUGGACGUGAAGAGGGCGCUGGACGUGCUGAAGGACUUCGCACCGGGUGCCCAGCUGCCAGUCCUGCUCUACAACGGCGAGCCCAAGACCGACACCGUCGCCAUUGAGGAGUUCCUGGAGGAUCAGCUGGGCCCCCCCAUGUGCCCCAGUCUGGUCCCGCAGUACCCAGAGUCAAGCCUGGCUGGGAACGACAUUUUCCACAAGUUCUCCGCCUUCAUCAAGAACCCGGUGCCUGCCCAGGACGACGUGCUGCAGCGGAGCCUGCUGCGGGCCUUGCUGAAGCUGGAUGAGUACCUGAGCUCCCCUCUGGAACACGAGCUGGCCCGCGACCCCCACCUCCGGGCCUCGCAGCGCCGCUUCCUCGACGGAGACCACCUCACAUUGGCCGACUGCAACCUGCUGCCCAAGCUAAACAUUGUUCAGGUCGUGUGCCAGCACUACCGCCGCUUUGGGAUCCCCAAGGACCUGCGGGGCGUGUGGCGGUACCUCAGCAGUGCCAGUGAAACCAAGGAGUUCAAAUACACCUGCCCCAAGAGCCAGGAGAUUAUACAAGCCUAUCGUUCCGUGGUCCGGGCACCGCAGUGAGCUGGGCACGUGCCCCGGUGGGUGCAGGGCCAAGGCUGGAGUCAGGCAGGAGGUCAGCACCCACCCUGACCCUGCCUGCAGGCGCUCAGGAGAGCCAAGUACAACAUGUGCCCGUCAUACCCAAAUUCCCUCCACUGGCACCCAGGUGCUGGCAGCAAUCUGCAGUGCACUCAGCCCCUCUUGUGCCACCCACCCUUCCUCACAACCAGGACCCCGUGGCCCCUCGAGCAUCAGGGUGAGGGCAAGGGGGCACAGCCACCAGUGCCAUCAGUGCCAAAGCUGUGCCCAGCUGAGGGCAGGGGCAGAGCUGGGGACAACAAGCUGCCCUGCAGCCACUUUGCCUAGGCACACUGUGCCAACCUGCCUGGGCCACAGGGUGCCCUCACACCUGCACUGGGUGAGAAGACCUGGCACAGCCAUAGAGAGACCUAGGAACGGAGCUGGAGGGGGAUGGCACAGACAAUGGGCAGUGGUCAUUUCCCCCCAGAACUUGCUGUUAGGAAGCUCUCAGCAGACUUGGGGGUUGUGAAGCAGAGAAAGCCCAAGCUAAGCUUCAGAGUUCCUGGAAAUCAAUAAAGGCUUUGCAAGCAAGA